UUAAUAAAAUUAAUGUUUUGUAUCGCGUCUACCGCAAAAAGGCAGUGGUACACGGAAUCGAAGAAAUUAUCUCAGUCACGUUUUCGAUUUAAAAAUAGACUUUUUGAUUUUGUUAUGUUGUGGCCCUUUGGAACAUGACCCAAACCGGAAGGAAAGACUGAUCGUAUUCCCUGGUUUUCAGUUGGAUUUCCGUUGGGAAAUUUGAUGAGAAACAGUCACGCACCCAAUGAACACGUCUCAAAUAUUAUUUGCUCGUGUAUCGAAAUGAUUGGGUCUUGUAGGUAAAUCUUGAUUUUCCCAAAUGCUAUGCUCUGGGAAGUGUGAUUGGUAUAAUAGGGAUAUACCUGUAUGCUGAAGGCAUGGCAUCAUCAAUAGUGACAGCAAAGAAAGUAAGGGUGGUGGCCAUCCAGGACUUCAACCCACUGCAUGCUGAUGGUGUCUUAACUCAAGAAUGCCUUGAGAAUCCUCCUGACAUACAAGCUCAGUUGCCAUUAAGCAAAGGUCAAAGUUUUGAGAUUCUGACUAAGAGUAUAAAAUCUUGUUGGCUCUAUGUUAGAUGUCUUUUAAGUCAAAAAGAGGGAUUCAUACCAAGCAUUUUAUGCGCUCCUUUGAGGGAAGAUGUGGAUGAUAAUAAGAUUCAUUAUCUCUCUACUGGCGGUCAGCUUUCAUCCUCUAUGGUCAAUUUGAAGAUGGAAUCAAAGUUCUUUCCAAAUAUCCUAAAUGUUCCCAAUAUAUCAAGUAAAAAGAUUGUAUCAAAGGUUGAAUCAAUGAUUGAAUCAAAGAGGAAGCCAUGCCCUGAGGUGAAAGCCAAUAUAUUUUCACGAUUGUCAUUUUGGUGGCUUAACAGUCUGAUUUUAACUGGCUUUAAAAGAACACUGCUGGAUAGUGAUUUAUGGUCACUGGAGGAGGAAAGUUUGUCUCACAAUAUUGUGCCAAGACUUCACAGAGAAUGGGACAAAGAAUUAAGGAAGUGCCAUAGCAGAAAUGGUGCACUGUGUUCUAAUGACCAGGAUUUUGGAAAGCAUCAUCUUCAGACUGCCAGUGACGUUGCAUUUCAUGGAAAAUGCAGAGAACCCUCUCUAGUCAAAGCCAUGAUACGAGUCUUUGCACCUUAUUUUGUUAUUGCGAUUUUCUUCAAGUUGAUGAAUGGCAUUCUGUUGUUUGUUCAGCCCUAUCUCUUAGGACUUCUAAUAGACUAUACAGAAGAUAAGGGUAACGAUGCAGAAAGAUGGAAGGGUUAUGUGUAUGUUAUCGUUAUUGUUACUGUGGCAACCAUCCAGAUGACAGCGGUGCAGCAUGCACUGCACAUUGCGUUUAAAUCAGCAAUGAGAGUUCAUACAAGUAUUGUUGGUGUUGUUUACGCCAAGGCUUUGUCAUUAAACAGCCUUUCAAGAAGGAUAACAACAACCGGUGAAACAGUUAAUUUUAUGGCUGUAGACGCUCAGCGUCUUAUGCAGCUUGUUGAAACCCUUAAUCAGCUGUGGUCAGCGCCUUUUCAAAUAUGUGUUGCCAUCUACUUCUUAUAUGUCACUAUGGGUGUGGCAGUCUUGGCUGGACUGGGAAUGCUGCUACUGUUAGUGCCGCUGAAUCUCCUAAUAACGCGUCUAGUCAGAAAGAUACAGGUAAAGCAGAUGGCAAAUGCCGAUGAACGUAUCCGAGUGAUGAAUGAGGUUCUUAGUGGAAUCAAGGUGCUGAAGCUGUAUGCUUGGGAAGAAUCCUUCAUGAAUAAGAUCAUAUCUGUUAGAGAUAGGGAACUGCAUCAUCUGGCCAACAGCAUGUACUUAGGGGCAGCUGUUUCAUUCACUUUCAUUUGCGCUCCAUUUUUGGUGUCCCUAGCCACAUUUACGGUAUACGUCCUUCUUGGAAACGAGCUGACCGCUAAAAAAGCUUUUGUGGCAAUUUCCCUGUUCAACAUUCUUCGCUUUCCUCUCAUGAUGUUACCUCGAGUAAUAGUGAAUGUUAUUCAGGCUCAAGUUUCCUUUCAUCGAUUGGAGCAAUUCCUUCGACUAGAUGAAUUACAAUACGAAAAUGUCCAACGCAAGAUGCCAUCACAUUGUUCUGAACUGGCAAUUUUUGUCAAAAAUGGUGCGUUUUGUUGGGACAGAAACGACGAAGUUCCUGUUUUGAGAAAUAUCAAUUUAAGCAUUCCUACUGGCUCGCUUGUGGCUGUGGUUGGUCCCGUUGGUUGUGGAAAGUCAACUCUGCUAUCAGCUCUGCUCGGAGAAACAGAUAAACGUGAUGGAAAAGUAUUUGUACAGGGAACAACUGCUUAUGUUCCACAACAAGCUUGGAUCCAGAAUGCAACGCUUCAGGAAAACGUGCUGUUUGGUAAUCCACGUGACUCAGUACGCUAUAAACAAGUGAUUAGCGCUUGUGCUUUGGAACCUGAUAUUCAGGUUUUACCAGCAGAAGACAUGACGGAGAUUGGCGAAAAGGGUAUAAACCUCAGUGGAGGGCAGAAACAGCGUGUGAGCCUGGCUCGUGCUGUGUAUUUCAAUACUGAUAUAUACCUGUUGGACGACCCACUCAGUGCUGUGGACUCGCAUGUUGGAAAACGUAUUUUUGAUGAAGUUAUUGGACCUCAGGGACUGUUAAAAGAAAAGACACGUGUUCUUGUGACACAUGGUAUUCAGUUCUUACCAUAUGCGGACCAAAUUAUUGUCCUUCGAGAUGGCGAGGUUUGUGAGGUUGGUACCUAUACAGACCUUAAAUCAUCUCAAGGGUGGUUCGCUGAAUUCUUGGAUACCUAUGCAGGCGAGAAAGCCGGCGAACAGAUGCACAAAGGAAACAUGGGAGAGGUUUCAGGUCAUGGUAAAUCUUUACUUAAUGGGAAAAAAUCCAGAAAUGUGGCCUACAAUCGAUCUGUCAGCUGUCAUCACCUAGGCAACGAGCUUCAUCCUCGUCACCAGGCAGCAAAAUCGCAGAGUGAGGUUAACUUAGCAAGGCUUGUCGUUGAGAAACAGUCUGGAAACCAAUCUCCACUGAAAAAACUGCAAUAUCUUGAAAAUCGCCACAGUUUUGUUAGUUUGCUUUCAUUGAACAGUCUUUUGUCUGGAUGUGAAGGUUUAGACGCCAAUUAUGCAGUAGAGGAUGAGCCUAUAUUUGAUAAUGCAAAUGAUGAAGACGAAGCUGUGUCGUCUUUAGGUGUUCCACCAAAUUUCCAACAUCAGCGGAGUGUUGUUAGUGGCGUCUCGGUGAAUAGUUUAUUAUCGCUGGUAGAAGAAGAUAUUGAAGACCGUGUUGAAAAACCACCAGUGAUUUUUAUCAACGAACCUGAAGAUAGUCCUAGCAUAAGAGAAAAGGAAAACGAAAGCUUACUCGCAAAAGAAGGAAAUGUUGAAAGAGAGAAUAUCGUCGAGAAGAGAGAGAAGAAAGGAAAGGCAGGCAGGACAACCUCCGAUGAAAGGUCACAGACGGGAAGGGUGAAGUUCUCGGUCAUAUGGGCAUAUGCAGGCAGUCUAGGCAUUAUCUGCUCCUUUCUAAUUCUCCUCAGCGGUUUUGCAGGUGAAUCAGCGAUCAUUAUGUCACGCAUAUGGCUUGCCGAGUGGAGCUCAACCAAUGUCACGACAUCGCAACAGCGUGACAUAUUCCUAGGAGUCUACGGUGCAUUGGGGUUUGGUCAAGUCCUUCUUGUUAGUGCAAUGUCUCUUGUUUUAAAGUACAGUGCAAUGAAAGCCACCAGAAACUUACAUCAUGGACUACUUGUUAAUAUUAUGCAUUUGCCUAUGCAAUUUUUCGAAACCACACCUCUGGGAAGAAUUGUGAACCGCUUGUCUAGAGACAUUAACUCCGUUGACGAUAAAAUUCCAAAAUCCUUGGGGAUGUUUCUCAGAACGUUCUUAACCACUGUCGGAACAAUUGUCAUUAUUAGUUAUUCUACACCUCUGUUUCUAACUUGUGUUUUACCACUUGGUGCCCUCUACGUAUUUAUUCAGAGAGCGUUCGUGGCAACAUCUCGUCAGUUGAGAAGACUAGAAUCUGUCAGCCGAUCUCCAAUCUAUAAUCAUUUCUUUGAAACUAUCAAUGGUACAAGCACCAUUCGCGCUUAUUCUCAGCAGCAGAGGUUUAUUACAGAGAUCUAUCGUAGAAUGGACGAGUCUCAAGUGGCGCACUAUCCAGCUAUUUCUGCAAACAGGUGGUUAGCUCUACGCCUGGAAUUCAUUGGAGCUGCCAUUCUGUUUUUUGCUGCAUUGUUUGCUGUAAUAGCUAGAGAGACCAUAGCCCCUGGUCUUGUUGGGCUUUCUGUGGCAUACGCAUUGCAGAUCACAGGUUCACUAAAUUGGAUGGUGCGUCAGAGCAGCGAAUUGGAAACUAACAUUGUUUCGGUCGAACGAAUUAAAGAGUAUUCAGCAAUUGCAAGAGAGGCCGAAUGGAUAAUUCCAUCUCACCGUCCCCCUAGUGACUGGCCUCACCAGGGUAGGGUAGAAAUAGAACACUUUGACAUGCGUUACAGAGAACAGUUACCUCUCGUACUCAAAGACAUUAAUUGCACCAUCGGAGCAAGAGAGAAGGUCGGUAUCGUGGGUCGCACAGGAGCUGGCAAGUCAACUCUUACCUUAGCAUUGUUUCGUAUUCUGGAGAGAGCUGGUGGACGGAUUCUUAUUGAUGGAGUUGAUAUCUCUAAGAUUGGACUGCAGGAUCUGCGAUCACGACUCACCAUCAUUCCACAAGAUCCCAUGUUAUUUUCAGGAAGUCUUCGGCUAAACCUAGACCCUUUUAAUAAAUACUCGGAUGAAGAGCUGUGGGAUGUUCUUGAAGUGGCUCACCUGAAGAGUUUCGUAUCAGGACUUGAUAAAGGACUCGAAUUUGUUAUUCAAGACGGAGGCGAGAAUCUGAGUGUUGGCCAACGACAGCUGGUGUGUUUAGGACGUGCACUGCUCCGAAAGAGCAAAAUUCUAAUUCUUGACGAAGCUACAGCCGCCGUGGACUUGGAAACUGAUGAACUAAUUCAACAGACGAUUCGCCGAGAGUUUGCUGACCGGACAGUGUUCACGAUCGCACACAGGCUCAACACUAUCAUGGACUACGAAAGGGUUAUGGUCCUAAAAGACGGUUCAGUAUCGGAGUUUGACUCACCCUCAAACUUGCUUUCAAGAAGAGGAAUGUUCUAUAGCAUGGCUCGGGAUGCGGGUUUGGCUUGACGAGAGUUUUUUGUCAUGCUUUUAUAAAAACUGAUGCACACAAUCCCACGGCAGGAAGGAGGUCUGGGGAAGACUUCCGUAGAAAUCAAAUUGCUUAUGCCCAUCCCCUUUUCUCCUUUUCAAUCAACCCAGACAAAUACGUCUUGGAAUUACGAGUCGUUAUGAUUUGGGAAAUAUACUUUCAAUUCACAAUGUCCUUGGUUUAAGCAUCACGCAAUGUUUCGACCAUGUAAUUUAAGCCAAUUUAUGAUAUUAAAGUAAAUUUAAUAUAAUUUGAGUUAAAGCCCAGAUUGAACAGGAAAAAAAGCAAAAUAGGGAAGGAAACUUAUUUUUACUCAGUUAAAGUUUAGAUCGUUAUAGAGAACAUAACUCAAUAUUUUUCGUAGAAGCCUAUAGAUUUCGUUGCAGACCUCACUUUAAAACUCCACAGACAAAGUCGCCUGUAAUCAGGAUACACACUUAAAGGAAAAUUGGAAAAAUUGGAUAGGGGACCUGAUUUUAUCGGUGAAUGAAUGGACAAAAUGUAAAAGAUUCACGUAUAAUAAAAUUGAUUUUUAUAAAA